UGAUGGGCUGAAUGGCCUUCCCUGCUGUGUGCUGUGAUGUCAGCUGCUAGGCUGGAGCGGAGGUUGGGGGUGGAGAGGAAUGGGGAUGCGACUGGUUGUUUUCUCAGAGCGAGGCCAGGGGCUGUGGAGCUGCAGUCGGUGAGAGCAGCAGCAACAGCAGCAGCAGCAGUGCAGUCGGUGAGAGCAGCAGCAGCAACAGUGCACUAUAGAGCUGCAGCAUCGGCAAGCAGACGGCACCUCCGGACACUGCUCAACCAGGAAGGAAUGGUCCAGGAUGCUGAAGCUGAGGAUCCUGAACACUGUUGCUCCUUCUUACUUCCUUGCCGUCUGCAUCACCACCACCAUCCUCCAGAGCUACGUCUUCAUCCCCGCCAUCUUUGCCGAUGAUGUGCUCCAGCUCUGGUCUCAUUCUGGCUUCCACUUCACCUUCUAUCUCUACGUCUCCGUCAACGUUCUGGGCAACUACUUCUUCAUCCUGUGGUACCCGUCAGAGAGCCUGCAGUGCAGCACCAGCGCCGCUGAUGGCCACCACCCACUGCAGGUCGGCAGCCACUUCUGCAAGUUGUGCAGCAAGGUGAUCCUGAAGCGAGAUCACCAUUGCUUCUUCACCGGCAACUGUAUCGGCAACAGGAACAUGCGCUACUUCCUCAUGUUCGGAUGGUGGACUUCCAUCGUCUGCCUCUACUCUCUGGUGGUGGGAGUAGCUUACCUCAGCACUGAGUACCACCUGUCCUUCGAAAACCCGCUCACCUUCCUCACCCUCCUCCCCCUCUCCUUUGUCCAUUUCUUCUUCAGUCUGAUCCCAUCCUUCCAGCUGUUUCUGGUGCUCAUGCUCUACAUCUGGCUGGGCAUCGGACUCACCUGUGCCGGCUUCUGCUGCCAGCAGAUCCUCCUGGUGGCGCGGGGUCGUACCUGGUACCACCUGAAGAAGGGGCUGCCGCCAGUCCGCUGCACACCGUGGGGAGUCAAUCUCCAAGACGUCUUCGGCAAGCGCUGGCUUCUCGGCUUCUUCUUCCCCGUCCCCACUGUACAAGUCGAUCCAAAGGACAAAUAGACCCACAGUCCCAGCAUUCCCCACUUCCCAAACCCUGUCCUGGCAUUCCCCACUUCCCAACGCCAAUGUCCCGGCAUUCCCCACUUCCCAAACCUUGUCCCGGCAUUCCCCACUUCCCAAACCUUGGCCUAGCAUUCCCCACUUCCCAAACCUUGUCCAGGCAUUCCCCACUUCCCAAACCCUUUCCCAGCAUUCCCCACUUCCCAAAGGCAAUUUCCCAACAUUCUCCCCAUGUCCCAAACCCAUUGUACAGAAUUUCCGGCAUUCCCCACUUCCCAGGUGAAGCUGGGAUUCUCCUGCAAUUAUUUAGCUGAGACCUGGACGUUCACACAGCAGCCAGACCACCAGGAGUAGUGACGGGACUGUGCACGGGAGAGUUCUCUCCCUGGACACGCUGUCCUCGUCCGUGAUCUCCCUCCUGCAUUGUGUCCGCAGUGUUUGGACAUUCGGCCCGUUUAGGUUUGUGGGACCCCAGACCCUGGACCCUCAGUGCAGGGCCACACGCAGGGGAUUGGUGGUGGGGCUGGCAUGGAGUCAGACCACUUGAGGCUGUUGGUCAGCUGUCCACUCACCCGCUAACUGUAGGCUUAAGGAACAGCUUGUGCUGGCGGGAUCGCACUGUGCCCAGUGGGGUCACACUGUGCCCAGUGGGGUCAACCUAUCCAGUGGGGUCAGUGUCUAGGGUGGGGCCACUGUAUCCAGUGGGGUCACACUGUGCCCAGUGGGGUCACACUGUGCCCAGUGGGGUCACACUGUAUUCAGUGGGGUCACACUGUAUAGGGUGGGGUCACACUGGGCCCAGUGGGGUCACACUGUGUCCAGUGGGGUCACACGGUGUCCAUUGGGGUCACACUGUAUCCAGUGGGGUCACACGGUGCCCAGUGGGGCCGCACUGUGCGGGGCCAGAUUGGCCCAUAUGGAUACAGGUGUCCCGUGGCACUGCUUUCACUGCAGGUGAGGGAGGGGGAGGGGGGGGG